AUGGCCAGGGGCUGGGGAAGGUUCAUAUUCUUCGAACGCCUCGGUGUGAUAAGACUCGUAGUCUUUGGAGUGUGCCACCCUUGGGUCUUUGGGUUUAACGGAUAUGGGGAUUGGGUCUGUUUGACAGUCCAAGAGACGGUCCAUGCAAUCCUUGUAGACCUUCACCGGUUCAUGGGGCCGAUCCCUCGAUGGGGAGAUGUGAAGGAGCCGCAACUUAGUUGUCGCUGGGUAAAGAGGGCCUUUACCCUUACCAAGCCUAGGCUGGACCGGGGCGCUAUGGUGAGAGGGCACUAG